AUGGAGAUCCUCGAAACAAGAAAUAAAUUCAUUACGAAUGAAGAGGUUUUCAAGCAUAUCAAAUCUACCAGAUAUGAGUUUCUUAAACCUCCAAAGAAAAACUACCACAAAAUGAAUAACACGAUGUUUGAAUAUGAAAUCCUUACCAAGAAACUCAUGGCUUAUUUCAAGAAAACCCCUUGUAACCAUCAGAAUCUUGAAACCGUGAAGAAGUAUGUCACUAAAGAGUUAUCGAAAUAUGAAUUAGAAGUGAUUGAAAAAUUCCAGAUCGUCAACCUUGUGCCUAAAAGUACUGUCAAUCUUUACAGUAUUGUGGAAGAAUGUGAUGCGAGAUUUUCUGAGGAACAAUGUGAGAACAUCAUCAGUAGUUUGAGAGAAUAUUUCCCAGACGAAUUCAAAGAUGUUGAGGAAGGUGGUGAAGCUGAUGAAGAAGCAGGAAAUAAUGUGGAUGCAGAUGGAGAUGAGCAUAUGGCUGAUGUUGAGCAAGAUCCUGAAGAAGUGCAGAUUGAAAAAGAACAAAAGGAACAAGUGCAAGAGAAACAACAAGAGGAACAGGAGCAAGAGGAAGAAGAAGAGGAAGAAGAGGAAGAAGAAGGAGAUAUGGAUCGCGACGAUGAGUUGGUCAAUGGUGGUACUCAUGUUGUAGAGGACUAUGAGGGUGGUGGUAAUGGAGACGAUGAUUGA